AUGUCAUCCAGAUUCUCGCAAAAGAGCCUUUUGGGGCUGUCCCUGGCAGCACUUGGCCUGGCCGUUCCUGCAGUUGCCGAUCCCGGAUUUGCCUACGGAAAUGACAAGGUUCGUGGUGUCAACCUCGGAGGCUGGCUGGUACUGGAGCCUUGGAUCACCCCUUCCAUCUUCGAUAAUGCUGGCGAUGCCGCUGUUGAUGAGUGGUCUUUGUGUGCGACACUAGGCGCGGACCAAUGUCGAUCUGUGCUUUCUCAGCACUGGGCAUCCUUUGUGACUGCCGAUGACUUCAACCAGAUUGCCGCUGCCGGCAUGAAUCAUGUCCGAAUCCCCAUUGGAUACUGGGCAUUGGCUCCUAUCGAGGGUGACCCAUAUGUUGACGGUCAACUGGAGUACUUGGACGCUGCCGUGGGCUGGGCUCGUGGUGCCGGCCUCAGGGUUCUUGUCGAUCUACACGGUGCUCCCGGAUCCCAGAAUGGGUUCGACAACAGUGGAAAGCGUGGUGCUAUCCAGUGGCAGCAAGGUGAUACCACCGAGCAAGCCAAGAAUGCUCUGCGGGAGCUGGCGAAGCGCUAUGCUGGUGAUGUUGACGUUGUCACUGCCAUCGAAGCUUUGAACGAGCCCAACGUUCCUGGAGGUAUCAACGAGGAUGGCCUCAAGCAAUAUUACUACGACGCCUGGGGUGUUGCUCGCGAAUCUAGCCAAGAUACCACUGUUGUGCUCCACGAUGGAUUCCUGCCCACCGAGUCGUGGAAUGGUUUCCUGAACGUCGCCACCGGCGCCAAUUAUGUCAUGAUGGAUACCCAUCACUACGAAGUUUUCGACAGCGGACUGCUUGCUUUGGAUGCCAGCGACCACGUCCGCACUGCUUGCAACUUUGUCAGCGACCACGUUGAGACUUGUGACAAGUGGACCAUUGUUGGUGAAUGGACUGGUGCCAUGACCGACUGUGCCAAAUACCUCAAUGGAAAAGGCAUCGGUUCUCGCUAUGAUGGAACUUACCCCGGUAGCAGCUCCAUUGGUAGCUGUGACGGAAAGUCUGUCGGCACUGUCGACACCCUCUCUGGAGAGGAGCGAGACAACAUCCGUCGCUUUAUCGAGGGUCAGUUGGAUGCCUAUGAGAAGGGAAGCGGCUGGCUAUACUGGACCUGGAAGACCGAGGGUGCCCCCGAGUGGGAUAUGCAGAUGCAGAUUGCUGGUGGUAUCUUCCCUAACCCCGUUGUCGACCGCAAGUUCCCUGGCCAAUGUUGA